AUCCUUUUUUAAAGAACAUUUGCAAAUGUUAAUGCCUCUUAACAUUGAUCCUGUCUGAUAUACAGCAUCAGGUUAUUCACAGAAGGCAUAGACGAGCAAGCUGAUCGUGUAUGGUUACCAAAGGUGGCUUUCUUGUAUAUAAAAGUGGUCCUAUGCUUAUUUUUAAAAAAGUAAAAAACACUCUUUGUAUGUCUUGUUCAGUUUGUCACUUAAAAGUGCCUUAUGAUCGUUUUCACAAGAUUAACUGGAAGAAUUUAGGGACUGCACCACUUUUGGCUGUGUGGUUUUUCGUCUUCCUACUGCACACCCGUCCAUGGGCCGUUUGUUAGCAUGUUCAGCGUUGAUACUACAUGUCAUUGGAUUAAUCCACUGGAACUGGAAAAUAACUUGCCAGUUAUCAUGCAAACAUUACUUUUUUUUAUAAAGACGUAUAGUCUUAUCGUUAGUUUUAAGUCAUCAUCUGCUGUCCAACGAAGUAAAUGCAGCAUCACAAACCAGAUGACCCUCUUUCUGAUCUCAUAAGACAAUCUAUAAUAGUAAACUGUAUGCAUUCAUGCAGAGAGGAUAUGUGCAAACAAGCCAUGUACCUACUGUAUUUCUUGCAAGUCAUUGUUUGCCGUGCUAGCUUGUCUGCUGAGCAGUACGUGGCUGAAGAGUGACUCAGUGAGAGCCAUUUCAUGGAAUCGCUCAUGCCUAUUGUUGUCAAGAACAAGAACCUCUGUUCGUCAACACCCAUAAGCAUUCAAGGCAGAAAACCAGGAACCGUCAUGUGUCCUAUGUUUCAAAAUGUUCCAAGAACACAACAUAGUUACUGCUGUGAUUUAUUUUCGAGGAAAACUGCACCCCAGUAAGAACACCUGCACUGUUGCAUAAGCUGCACUGGAGGAGAAACCUGUAAGUUCAAUUUGUUGUUGUUGAGAAGACUGGUUAUGUCAGUAUCUCUGGUUUCGGUGUUGCUCAUUUCUUAAGAAUCGUGUUGUGUUUUUGAGUGAAAGUCAUGGAAGAGCAUUUAAAGUUAAAUGUUAUUUUCACACUGGAAAUCUAUGAACACUGUAAUUUUUUUUCUUAAACCUUUUUAAAGGUCAUAAAACUGAAAACCUCACAUCCUUUCUGAAGUUAAGUUGGCUACAAUGUAAAGGGUGUUUUUGGAAAUCUCAAAAACAAAUUCACUGUUAGAACAAUUCUGAUAAUUGUAUUUUACACAACAGUUGUGUAACUGAAAAACUGAUGUAAGUCAUUACCAGGCAAUGGGGGUUAAUUUAACAAUAACCAGCCUGAGUGGUUUAAGAUUCUGUUCUUACAGCUUAAGUUUUGAAAGAAAGCCGUAAGUGAAUCCGGAAGUAAUGUGAAUUAUGAAGUUUGUUAACCUGGUAACAUUUGCACAUUUCACACAGGAAUUGAUUUUGAGUGCAUUUCUUGUGAUUCUUGUUUUCAAUCUUUUAUGUUUAGUUUCUCAUCAUGGCUGUAUCAACGCAUACCAUAUUUUGUACAGUUGUAAAAUAUAUUAAAGUAUUGAUUAGCACAAUAAAAUACUGUAAAAACUAACCUGAAUUGUGUUUAUUCUUUUCACAGCAGCAACAAUGAGCUCCAGGUUUGUCAAGUUUUUUAUUGUCUGAGGAUCUGUGAGGCUUCAAAACUCACAUUAAACAUGACAUGACAUGAGUACCUGUUGCAGCCUGCAACAAACUUUAGCUUUUGUCACUGGUGUAGUACUCCACUAGCACCCCAGACUAGAUCGAUACAACCCUGACUUUAUCUCAUGGUUGUCCUCUCUGACAUAUUCUGAUGUAAGUGACAUCAGCAGGUAUGCUGCACAGGAGCCAAAAUUGAUGUGACCUCGGCCACUCAGUCAGAUGCCUAUUUAUCUAUCUAUCUGUCGUGACUUGGCUUAUUAUUUUCUGUUGUUAUAUUUUGCUGUCUCAUUACAUACUUUGGUCUCACACAUUCUUAAUAAUCUGUUACCUGGAGAGGGCUGUUUCAGUGUUACUCUAAAACAUGUUGCCUACAGGUAUGCAACCAUGAUUGUUUUUUCAAGCAGUUUUGUCAGACUACAAUCUGUUAGAAAUGCAACGGAGCUCCACCCAGGGAAACCAAUUCAGCCCUCGUGGGAGGAGAAUUUACGUCUGGCUUAUUUAGGUUCUCACAGCCAAUGAGAUGUGACUUCAGGAAGUGUGUACAACAUGAUGAACAGCAGAGGGUUUUCUUUCACCUUGUUGAAAGUCUUGACCACGACACUGCCAAUGCUGUUACCUACAGACUCCCAAUAGGGGUUUCAUGAUGUCUGGCAUCAAAGGCAGCAAGUGCACACUUGUGAUACAAGGCCUGAUUCUCUGGGUUUUAUUGACCAACAUCGUGAUAAUGCUGUAUUGCUUGGUGACCCCAGCCCACACGAGGAUUAGGGGCUCUCAAGAAGACACGUGUCCUCUUAGUAUGGCAAAGUUACUGAAGCAAAAUGUGACCACAAUUGCUCAGAGCACAUCCCAUUCAGAAAAGUGCUCCCCUACUGUCAACAUAAUGUUCAUGAAGACCCAUAAAACUGCUAGUAGCACCAUACUCAACAUUCUCUUCAGAUUUGGGGAAAAGCACAACCUUAAAUUUGCUUUCCCUGAUGGGCGCAAUGACUUCUUUUACCCAUCACCUUUCCUCUGCUCCCAGGUAAAGGACUAUAAGCCUGGAGACUGUUUCAACAUUGUUUGUAACCACAUGCGCUUUGACCAUCAAGAAGUAACCAAGCUCCUGCCGCCAGAUGCUGUGUACAUCUCCAUCCUACGUGACCCAGUGGAUCUCUUUGAGUCAUCCUUCCAUUACUAUCACAGAGCAGUUCCUCUUACUUGGAAGAUUGGUGGAGAGAACAAACUGGCAGAGUUUCUAAACAACCCUCAGACCUUCUACAGCCCAGAGGCUUUCAACUCAUUCUAUCUUAAAAAUCUACUCUUUUUUGACUUUGGUUUGGAUAACAACAUGGAAGCUGAUGAUCCUCGUGUAAUGAGGGCCAUACACAACUUAUCAAAACAUUUUGAUCUGGUUCUCAUAGCAGAAUAUUUUGAGGAAUCUCUUAUCCUACUUAGGGACACAUUCUGCUGGACCAUGGAAGACAUCCUGUAUUUUAAACUCAAUGCUCGCAAGAGUUCAUCUGUAUUUCGACUGACCAGUGAGUUGAGAGCCAAAGCUCUGCAGUGGAAUGGAGCUGACUGGAAGCUCUAUCAGUACUUUAAUGCUACAUUCUGGGCCAGGGUGGAGGCAUUUGGGAGAGAAAAAAUGAAACGGGAGGUUAAAGAACUGAGGAGAAGAAAUGCUCAGAUGAAGGCCAUCUGCAUCGAGGAUGGAGGGGCAGUUGAAGCCCAAAAGAUCCAGGAAAGACGUUUCCUGCCCUGGCAGCCUGUUGGAGAGUCUUCCAUCCUGGGGUACAACAUGAAGAAAAGUGUUGACCCCAAAUUCAGGACUAUCUGUGAAAAGAUGCUCACACCUGAAAUACAAUACUUAUCAGACCUGGGCGUAAGCCUGUGGCUUACUAGACUAUGGGGUUGGUUAAAAGAUGCUGUUUUUGUAGGUAAUCUUUGAUUAAAACAUUUAGAUGAGUUACAGUUCUCAGUUUGCUCCAAUCAGGGGCCGACAUCAGGUGGCUGCUGACCGCUUCUCAUUGUUUCUUGUAUCUUUUAACACUGUGCACUACUUUAAAAAAAAAGCCAGACUGUGUUUACACUAUGCAUUUACACAACUGUUCUGACAGAGUGGGUUUAGGGAUAAUAUGUGAAUCUAUGAUGUUGUACAUAUUCUCCAUGAGAUACCCACCUCUGCAAAGAUUUACAGCCUCAUUUAUAGUCUAGUUGUGCAAAGCUCAUUUACUUGAUGGUCCACGGUUAGCACCGUUAGCAUCCACGUUUUUCUGUUGUGAGCCCACAGGAAUUAAAUCAAAUCACUGAUCGCUUGUUGAAAGUGCAGUUGUUUCUCAGUAGGACAGGCAGAUUUAGUUUGCCCCCUAAAGGCCUGAGGCUCAGCUGCAAUUGUGUGCAACACAUGAAUUUGCUCGACCUUGUAUGCCCUGUGGUAUACAUAACAGUAACAGAUGAUGGUUUGACUAGACAUAAAAAAUAAAUGCUAGACAUAAAAAGCCUGUUCUGUGUGUUUGUUUUAACUUCAAAUUAGGUAUGAGCAAAUAAUUAGUUUCAUCACUACUUGGUUCUAUUUAAGUGAUCGUUAAAGUCAUUUUUGGUAAAAGGCAGACGCUACCGUUACUGUAGUAACAUUAUUUACUGUUUUUAGAUUACACAACUUUUGUCUGAUUUGACCUGACAAGCACAAGCUUGCACCCAUGCACCCAUCAUACCCUAAAGAUAUCCUCACAACUGACAGUUUUAGAUAUUCAGCGUCAGGUCAUACAACAUUAUGAACUUUAUCAUUUCAUGUCAACAGCGAAGUUCAGUUUAAUCAUGUAAUUUUCCAUCUUGAACAAAGAUGCUCUCUCUCUCUGCAAGGUAAAAAUAUAAGUAGGGUGCAAACAAUUCAUUAUAAAGGUGCUUGCAGCUAAUAUAGCAGGCACACAAUAUCUGAUUACAGACUUUGCAUAUCGUGUUGUGUGCACAAGAAUCAAUCAAAGAAGGCCUGUGCAUUUGUGAUAAUACUGUGGAAAAACUGAUUAUUGGGUUAACUCUGAAAUCAGCCUACAGCAGUUAUCUUUUGUAGAUUUGAUACUGUUUAUAAACUAGCUUCAAAAUACAGCAGCACAUGAAAACAUAUUAUUGUAUUUUACAUUUAAGUCAUGUAUGAAUUAAAUAUUUAUUGUAAUGUAGUAGAUGUGGCAACAAUGAGCAGUUAUUCUCAUUCUGUCUGUCCUUCCAUCUUCAACUGCCUAAUAAAGGAAAACUGUCGCAGAAAGAA